AUCUGCGAAAUCUCUGCGAAAGAAAUUUAUGUAUAUGCUACGAAGAAGCCACAGCUUUUUAUCGUGUCAGAUCAGAUUAAACAUGGACAGGUUUUUCCUGUUUCUUGUAGUCCACGAUGAUGAUCCUGCGACUCAAGAAGGCAAGAUGAAUUCAACAAAUUUAUUAGUCAUUUAACAGUUCCGGUUAAUUAAUAGCUUUGAUGAGUCUCAUUUCAGUUUGUUUGGAAGAAUACUGAUACUGAGGAUGUUUGUUUUGAUGACAUGAUUGUUGUGUAUAGUCCUUGGAAAAAAUUUCUUCACCCUCAAGUUGGAACAUAUGCUUUAGUUCAAGUUAAGCUUGAGCUUUCCUCUCUGUUUCUUGUACCGUAAAAUCUGUGUCAAUAUGAUCAACAACUUGGUUAUUCGUUGAAAGUAGAUUGAGCUUAACCGCUCUGGAAAGUGGGAGAGCAGUCUGGCAGAUGGAACCUCUCUAACCCCUUGCAACAGAAAAGGGCCAGUGUUGAGAGAAGAUGAUUGAUUGAUUGAUUGAAAAUUUAUUUGUCAAAGUCCUUUAGUCCAUAAGUGGUGAGAAUCUGCUGAGAUGUCCUUGGGAAAUAUCAAGUGCCCUGCGUGUGAAUUUCUUUUCAUUUAAUAGAAACAGAAAAUCAGGAAAAUUUCUCUAUGUUACUGUGCACUGACACUUAGUUCCUUGCUAUGUUCUAGGCUAUUGCCAAUGCCCUAAAGAUGGGAUUCCUGGUCUUCAGAGCUUGGUUAAAGAUCUUGUUUCUUGUCAUGAUGAGAGUGAAAAUUCAAGCACAGAUCUUGAUAAUGCUCAGUCAAUGUUGUUUGAUCCUCUUUUGGCUUUAAAGAACUGGACACCUACUAUUCAUUUCAGUCUUGUUGAGGAAAAGCAAUUUUCAAAUCAAUUUGAGUGUUUUUCAAGAUGGCAUACAGGAGAAUAUCUCAAGGAAGUAUUGAGACUACUCGAAAAGCCAGUUAGUCCUAGGAAUCAGAAUCCUGUUGAUGUAAGUUCUGAUAGUGAUGCUGAAAUUUCUGAAAGACUACACCAGCUUGCAGAUGGUUUACCAGAUCAAGGAGUUCCCAUUGAUGUCUUUUGGUUCAUUUGUGGAAAGACCAAUGUGCCAAUCAGGUCCCAUCUGCACCUGUUUGGAGCAUUAAAGCGCUUGCAGCAAUGGCAUAAUGCUAACAUAACUGUUCUUUGCAGUAAUGAGUUUGACAGGAAUUCCUUUAUGAAGUCUUGGCAGAAUAGUCUGAAGUUUUCAAUCUCACAGCUAAACCAAAAUGAUAUCACUACAAAACUAUUUAAUCCAUCAGUUGUAUGGCAAGGUUCUCUGAUCUUUGGUGAGGUAAUUUUAUUUUCAUAUUUUUUUCUUUGUUCCUUCUAUUUGUGCUACUUCUUUUUAUGCAAAUCUCUAUUUUCCAAAACAAUGCACUCUUUACAUGUACAGUGUNGAGUUUUCAUUGUUUUCAAUAGUGAUGGUUUGCGACCAAUCCCAAGAGAUACAUAUGACAGAGGUUUGGCAUCCAUGUUCGAUGACACUAAAUGA